GCGAGAGACUGCAUCGAAACAAAGCAGUGUCGUGCGCUGGCAUUUGGGCUUCCUCUCAUCCUAUUGCAUAGAAAAAAAAUACAGUUAAAAAAAAAAGAAAGCUGGCAAGAUUUGUUUUCCCCUCUGAUGCAAUGGGUUUGUAUCAGCUCAGUCCUUUCUUCUUGCCACAAACCACGCCUGGCCAAUGAUUGCCACAGCCAUUGUGGGUUAACUCCUGUGGUGACUGCAGACUCAAGAGUUUCCUUCCCUGCUUCAUCUUGAGACCCACUGAUAUCACCGUUCCUGCAAUCUUCCCUGUCAGCUUACAUUCUCCCCUCCUGCCCCUCUCUCCUCUUCCUUCCACUUCUGCGAAUCCGCUGAAGCCCUGUGAAAACCUACCUGUGGAGCCAGAAUGGAGGACACUUACAAUAACAGGACUUCUCUGGUUAAGGGGGCCAAGGACAUGGUCAAGGAAGCCAAGCGGCACGCAGCAAAGAAAGCCAACAAGGUGGUGGACCGCGCAACGGAUGAGUACUCAUCCCAUCGCAACUACAGCCGAUUCCAAGAUGAGGAGGAUGAGGAUGAGGAUUUCUACCGGAAUCCCCCGAAACAGGACGGAGAGGGCUACCAUGACAACGAGGAGGGCUCCAGUGAUGCCACGGAGGGCCACGAUGAUGAGGAUGAGAUCUACGAGGGCGAGUACCAGGGGAUCCCCUCAGCGGGAGACAGGAAGCAAAAGGAGGGCCAGGUGGCGCUGGGGCAGCCAAUGUCGGAUGCCACAAGGGACCGUAAGGAGCUGGAGCAGGAGAGGCAGGCCGACGAGGAGGAGCUGGCCCAACAGUACGAGCUCAUCAUCCAGGAGUGUGGCCACGGGAGGUUCCAGUGGCAGCUGUUCCUGGUGCUAGGACUGGCACUCAUGUCAGAUGGGGUGGAGGUGUUCGUGGUGGGCUUCGUGCUCCCCAGUGCCGAGACGGACAUGUGUGUGCCCAACUCCAGCUCAGGAUGGCUAGGCAGUGUUGUUUACUUGGGGAUGAUGGUGGGGGCGCUCUUCUGGGGAGGGAUGUCUGACAAAGUGGGCCGCAGACAGUGUCUCCUCAUUUGCAUGUCCACAAAUGGCUUCUUCGCCUUCCUGUCAUCUUUUGUCCAGGGAUACGGCCUCUUCCUCCUUUGCCGUCUUGCCGCAGGCUUUGGGAUAGGAGGCGCGGUGCCCAUCGUUUUCUCCUUCUUUGCGGAGGUGUUGUCCAGGGAGAAAAGAGGAGAACACCUCAGCUGGUUGUGUAUGUUCUGGAUGAUUGGAGAGAUCUAUGCAUCUGCCAUGGCCUGGGCCAUCAUACCACACUACGGUUGGAGCUUCAGUAUGGGUUCAGCGUACCAGUUUCACAGUUGGCGGGUGUUCGUGGUGGUCUGCGCCCUCCCCUGUGUGUGUGCUGUGGUGGCUCUUACCUUCAUGCCUGAAAGCCCCAGAUUCUACCUUGAGGUGGGGAAGCACGAUGAAGCCUGGAUGAUCCUCAAACAGAUCCACGACACCAACAUGAGAGCGCGUGGGCAACCGGAGAAAGUCUUCACCGUAAACAGGAUCAAGAUUCCCAAACAGAUGGAUGAACUGGUCGAAAUGGAAUCAGAGUCUGGCAACCCAGUUUCCAAGGUUUUCUUUAGGAUAAAGGCUGAAACACGUGGGAUCUAUCAUAAUCUUAUGAAGUGCUUCGACUACCCUAUGCGGGAAAACAUGAUGCGCCUCGCCGUGGUGUGGCUCACUCUGUCAUUUGGGUAUUAUGGCCUGUCAGUCUGGUUCCCUGACGUGAUCAAACACCUUCAGGCAGAUGACUAUGCCUCCAAAGUGAAGAUUCAUAGCAAUGAACGCAUCGAAGACUUCACCUUCAACUUCACCCUGGAGAACCAGAUACACAGAAAUGGCCUCUUUAUUAAUGAUCGAUUCAUCAACAUGAAGCUAAGGUCCGUCACCUUCAUUGACUCCACCUUUCGUAACUGCUACUUCGAUGACGUGACAUCGGUGGGCUCCUCUUUCCGUAACUGUACAUUCAUUGAUGCAUUCUUCUUCAACACGGACAUCGAUGAAUCCAAGCUGACAGAAGGCACAGAGGUGGUCAACAGCACGUUCACCCACAACAAGAAGGGGUGUCAGAUGACAUUCGAUGACGACUACAGCGCCUACUGGGUUUACUUCAUCAACUUCCUCGGGACCCUGGCUGUUCUGCCCGGCAACAUUGUGUCCGCCCUUCUCAUGGACAAAAUUGGCCGUCUGUCCAUGUUAGGUGGUUCUAUGGUCCUAUCGGGCAUCAGCUGUUUCUUCUUGUGGUUUGGCACCAGUGAGUCGAUGAUGAUUUUCAUGUUGUGCCUUUACAAUGGCCUCAGCAUCUCCGCCUGGAACUCCCUGGAUGUGGUCACUACUGAGUCAUUCCCUACUGCCAGGAGGGGAACAGGCUUUGGGUUCUGCAACGCUCUGUGUAAGCUGGCCGCAGUCCUGGGGAACCUGAUUUUUGGUUCUCUUGUCGGGAUCACCAAGGCCAUCCCCAUCCUCAUGGCCUCGUCUGUGCUCGUCGGUGGGGGCCUGGUUGCACUCAGGUUGCCUGACACUAGGUCAAAUGUUCUCAUGUAACACCAGCACGCGUGGCGUUCAUCAACUGGCAUAACACCGUGAUGAAAUCUGGGUGAAUCUGAGAGAGAGCCGGGGGAUUGUUGGGUAAGAAGAUCAAAUUGCUUGGUUCAUGCAUAUCCUAACAUCUGUAAUCACAUUUUGCAAAUGUACCUUAAGUAAAGCCAGAUAGCAUCCCACCCAUAGUCCCAUAGUGUUAUCUUACAAGUCAGUAAUAAGCUCAGUCAUUUAGUGAAUGUAUUUGUCUGGAAGUUGGUCAGAGUUUCGUACGGUGACUGGUUGCACCUUCCAGCUGCAGCCAUAAUCUUGUGUGGAGUCACUGCAUGGUUAAAGUGCGAGGCUUUUAAUAUUGAUACAGUCUUAUUAAGACGGGCCAGAUGGGGAGAAAAGUGAAAAACAAGCUGUAAUGAGCACAGCGAACCUGCUGUCUGACAACACCAGGAAUAGAUGAUCAGACAGAGCAGACACUCAACACACCAGUGUGACAGCUGGCUUGCCCACAGGACCCACAUACACAGCUCUUGUGGAGAAAGUCACCAUAUAUUAAUGCAUAAUAAGCCAGACAUAUACGUGCCGCUUUAUGUGCAGAUAUACCUAUAUUUACAUCAUAAUGUACUCACAACAAACUCUGAAACAUUUCCAAAGUUAAUCACAGUAGGACACCAAGCCCUUUGAAUUUCCUACCCAGCCAAGAAUCAAAAAGGCCAUAGUGAAACAUGGUAUUUUCUUCUACCAAUAAUUGUAGGUUGUGUUGAUUGCUCAGAUUCAACACGACAUACAAAGUUAAUAUUAUUUUCUGCUUUGUCACUGUGGAUGUUUGAAUGGUGAUUUUAUGCAAAUGUUGUCGGUCCAGACCCCCUUCCACACAAGUAUUAUUGUACAGAGGCUCUCUGAUGAGCUGUCCCUCUGAGUUUCAUUAGCUUUAUGUUGGAUCUUGCUUGUGGCAGUGACGUUCAUAAUGACAUGUCAUGCUGCUUCCUUUUAAAAAUACUGAAUGGCCUUUUCUUUUUCUUUUUUUAAAUGUGCCUCUCCUUAACUGGAGCAGUCUGCCCAUAGUCAUGUGCUGUCCUGAGGUUUCAAGGAACAGACAGAAACUGAAAAAGAAGUGAAUAGAUAAAAAAUUAUUAUAUAUGUGUGGAAUUUAUUAGUUAUUAUUAGUUAUGAAUUUAUUCAUCCUUGGUCUAAACCUCAUCUCUUUUAUUAGGCAUCCUUAUUGUCCAUACAACUUUCAUAUCUGUGGGAUAAGCCUCCUCCUCUCAUGAAAAAAAGUGUUGUUGUGUAAGAGUUGUUACAAAGGUGACAAAGAAUCCUUUCAUGAUCAAAUGGUGUAAGUUACCAUGCACGACUACACAGUAAUAAUGUAAAUAACAAUCAGGGCCAAUUUGUGCCACCCGUGAUGAAAAUGUCUCCUACGGAAACAUCGGCUUUUGUUUUUUUUACUUUGUAUCUUAAAACAUCUUGGCAAAAAUCUGCAAAAAUUAGGUUUGAAUAAUUGUUGCGUUUGAAGUGAAAUAAAUACAAAACUAGAUGGUCAAUUUGAGCUCGAUCAUAUUUGGUGAUUUUGCGAAAAAUCAAAACCAACUUUUGCCAUAAUCAAACACUUGAAAACAUAACCUACCUUGACCUAAUGUAUUCUGUCUUUCAACAUUUGAACCUCAAUCCAUAAUAGAGAUAACAAUGAAGUGGUGAACUGUUAAAAUACCCCUAAACUUUAGCAGGUCACCUACAUGCAGUCUUGUUUAUUUUGUGUUUGUGGAUUGUAUAUUCUGUGGCUAACAACCUUGAGUUUUCCUGUGUUUCUUUGCAUUUGUGGUAUUGGUUACUGCAGCAUAUUAGUAGUUUGACCUUGCACUGCAGAUUGCUCUCUGAAGGCUAUUCCAGAAAAUAAAAAUAAAAAACAACAAAAAAAACCCCAAAAAACCUGAAGGCUUCCAAAGUGUUCAUUCAUUUCCAUAGACCAAACUUUUUCCCUCAUAUUUUGUAAUCAUUUGGAAAAACAUAAUGAGGUGUGCUGCUAUUGUGCAAUAGUUAUUUUUUGACCAUUUUGAUCUUAAUAGUUUUGAAACAAAUGUAUGGCAAACAAAUUCAAAAUAAAUUAAUAUAUAUAUGAAGAGCAAUGACUUUUGCCCAGUCUCACUGCUGUCAGUCGAAAGAAUAACAGAGGAACUGAUGUGUAUGGUUCUGAUUCUGGUUAAAACCUUUAUUAGUGGCUGAUCUACCUGUUGUGUUAUACUUGGGGAGAAUUCAUGUUGUUAUGUUUGAGGUAUUUGGGGUAUUGCUUUAACUAUGUACUGUAUUCAUGUGUGUAUAUGCGCGUGUGUAUAAGAAAAAGAAAAGAGAGUACAGUGUGUGUGCGUGGACCUGUGUAUGGAUGCAUGAGUAUAAAAAUUAUGUACAUAUCAAAGCUGAUAUUGGUGAAGUUAUGGGUUGAAUAUGUAUAAACUCCUUGAUCUACUCAUGUGUCUCCUGCUCAGUCCAAGCGAUAAGUUCAUAUACUGUAUCUCUGUUGUACAUCUCUGUGUCCUUGGCUUUACGUCCUUUUUCACCUGCUACUUUGUGUGCGUGUAUGUCUGUGUGUGUGUGUGUGUGUGUGUGUGUGUGUGUGUGUGUGUGUGUGUGUGUGUGUGUGUGUGUGUGUGUGUGUGUGUGUGUGCACCAACUUGCAUGUAUGUAAGAAAACUUCUGUUCUUUUGUGUUCUGACUGUAAACUCUUCUGGCAGAAAGUAAUGGCAAUAUUAAGAUUUUUGUUUGAGGAAAAAUGUGAAUGUAUCACUCUUGUAAGUUCUGUUGAUCCAUUUUAUGGAGGUAAAUAAUUGUAUGUGGAGAGUAAAGUUGUGUAUAUUAUUGUAAAGGACCUGCUAGUCACAGGAUGAUUGAGUUGUAUGUUCAGAGGUCCAUAAGUGUGAAAACAUGUGGAGAAACAUUUGCCAAAUUGUGUAUAAUGUUUAAAACUGGAAAGGCAGAGAUUGCAGACCGUGCUGCAUAUAUAAAAUAAUAGAUAUGCAAUAAAAGUUAUGUUCUCUAGCAAAUUA